AUGUCCCCUUCCACCACCCUGUCAGUCAAAGAAAGAAAGAACACAAGAAGGAGACUCUCAAUCAGUACAAAAGGAGAGCUGCCAAAUGACACGGACGAAAUAAAAAGAAGCAUUCAAGAGCUUAAGGACAAUGAAGACAGGUUUAAAGAAUCAUCGGAAAAUGAUUCGCAUACGAAAGUGGAAAUAACUCCAGUGAAGGAAGAAGAGGGGAAAAAAUGUGGAGAGAAAAAAAAUAAAAUAAAAAAUAGAUCGUCCGUAGCAGGAGUGAGGGCAUCACAUUUUCAAGAAGAUUUCGAAAAAAAAUGUGUAAAAAUUAAAGGUGCAGUUCAUAAAUUAAAUGAAAAUGGAAUAGGCUAUGUAUGCAGAAAAGGGUUAAAGCCGGAAAGCCCUAAUCAGGAUGAUUUCACAAUUAUCACGACGGAGAACUUGGCUCUUUAUGCCAUUUUUGAUGGCCAUGGGCCAUAUGGACAUGAUGUGUCCAAUUAUGUACAAAAGGAAUUACCAUACAUGAUUAUAAAGAACGAAAAUUUUUUAAAAAAUCCGAAAGAGGUCUUCACUAAUGCCUUCCUAAAUAUUCAUGCCAACAUAGAAAAAACGACAAAUGCAUAUUUAGAAGAAUUUGCAAACAAACAAAAGGGCAACAAUAAAGGUGGCAACAGCAAAAGACUUCCUAUGAACAAGCAGAGGAACAGCUCCGUGGUUAGUACCCACUUUGAUUUAAAUAUAGGUCAGCUGGGAAAUUCGGAUGACGAUGAUGAGGAGGAUGAAGACGACGAUGAUGACAAUUUUAGCGAAGACUCCGAUACAAGCAACAAAGAUGGGUGUGCCUACACCGAUAGUGAUAGUGACAGUGAUGAUCAUGACGAUCCGAAGAAUUCCCAUGCAAAGGUGAAAAAAAGCGAAUCCAAGAAACAUGCAAACGAAAAGGAUACCACCAAAAACGACAAGGGACAGACAUUAAACAAAAAAAAGAAAAAGAAAAAAAAGAAGAAGAAAAAAGAAGCCUAUUUUGAUAGUACAAUGAGUGGUACCACAGCGACAAUAAUAGUCCACCUUUUUCAGGAAAAAAAAUUAUACGUGGCUUAUGUGGGGGAUUCUAGGGCUGUACUUGGCAGGAGGAAGAAGGGAUUCCCGAAUGUGCUGGAGGCCUUCGAUCUGACGAAAGAUCAUAAACCCAAUUCCGCAGCUGAGAAAAAAAGAAUUAUAAAUUCCGGUGGGCAAGUAUUGAAACUCGAGGGGGAUAUACCCUACCGAGUUUUUUUAAAAAAUAAGUUUUACCCAGGCUUGGCCAUGUCAAGAGCCAUUGGGGACACGAUCGGUCACCAGAUAGGUAUAAUAUCCGAGCCCGAUUUCAUGGAAAUUAAAAUAAACGAAGAUGAAGACAUCCUUGUUUUGAUAUGCAGUGACGGAGUAUGGGAAUUCAUUUCGUCUGAAGAGGCCAUUAACCUGAUCUACGAAUUUGGAUACGACAAGGUUCAAGACGCAGUUGAGAACUUAGCCAAGGAAUCCUGGGACCGGUGGCUAAACGAAGAAGAAAACAUUGUUGAUGACAUAACCAUACAAGCCAUAUAUUUAUCAGAAAAAUGCAAAAAAAAAAAAAUAUAA